AUGGCCACCGAAGGACAUAACGUCGAUGCUAACCUAUUGACGUUGAGCCGAGACCAUGGGCAUUAUUUUGCCAAGAAGACCUUUGGCAAGCCCACCUACUGCCAUCACUGUUGCGAUAAGAUCUGGGGAAUGCUUACACAAGGCUACGCAUGCGAAGUGUGUAACUUUGUUUGUCAUGACAAAUGCCUUAAAACCGUGGUAUCCUACUGUAGCGGAGUCGCGUUGCAACUCAUAAAGAACCCUGUUGCUCACACUUGGUCUCAACCAUCUUUGAUCAAGCGCCGCUUCUGCUGCGUGUGCCGUCGUCGAACUGACGAGUCAAUGUCGGUGGAGUGUGAAGUCUGCGAGUACUACGUGCACGUAGACUGCUACGAUCUAGCCGUAUCUGACUGCAAGGAAGCUGCGACAUACGUUCCAAACAUCGAUAGCACCCAAGCUGUACAAUAUCAUCAUAUGCGGGAAGGAAAUUUGCCAAAAGAUUCGAAAUGUAUAGUAUGCCGGAAAUCAUGUUUCUCAACAGAAUGUUUGGCGGGAAUGAGAUGCGAAUGGUGUGGACAGACGGCGCAUGCGCUUUGUUAUCGACAAAUGGGAAAAGAAUGCGACUUUGGGAUCCUUCGAAAAAUUAUGCUGCCACCAUAUUCGCUAACCAUCCCGCGAACCGAACUACCAAUGGAGCAACUAUUAAACAUCACCACCUCGGAUCAACCACAGUCUCGUAAGGUCUCGUCGCCAUCAAAAGUCCAAGCUGAUGAUUUUUCAUCAAGCGGCGAUGAUUUCAAAGAAAAGGAGGAUGUCGAGGUUCUACGAGUAUUUGACGGCAACAGUUCGCUUCGAGCACAAGUGUCAAGAUCAAUUUGUGUCUCGAAGACCGCUACUGUUCAAGUGAUUCGGGACGCGGCACUUCGACGAUUUCACAUAAUGGACAACUCGGAAAUGUACUAUAUUACCCAGAUUGUUGGAGAUGGGGAGGAGGAGCCUCUAGAGGACCCGGUGCCAUUGAGAAAUGUUAAACGACCAGAAGGAAGACGGGCCCAGAUUUUUCUCAGAUACAAAGAUGACCCAGAGAAAGAUGUUGUUAGAGUAUACGGUGGAUGGUUAAGACGGGUGCCAGUAACCUUCUGCAGUCUCACUGUAACCAAAGAGACGAUUGUUCAAGAUUUGCUAGUGCAGUCAUUGGACAAAUUCGGGCUUGACGGCACCACGUGGAACCGUUACAAUUUAAUUGAAGUGUCAUUGGAUCGCGGUGUUGCUGAACGCACAUGUAACUCUCAGGAAAAUAUGUUGCAGCUAGUUAGAAAUCUGCGCAAAGAUUCACUUCGUCGUUAUCACGUUGUUCGUUUCUAUGUACAAGAAAAGGAAGACCCGCACGAUCACGCGGUUUUCGUUGGAAAUCUUCCAGUCUCGUUGGCACAAAGACAAUACGAACGAAUUUUGCUCAAGCUGCUCGGAGCUAAGGAAAAACCAUUCACAGCGAUUGGACCAAUCUAUUUUGAAUAUGGAAGCUUGGUGAUCACUUUCAAUACCCCAAAGGCCGCCACCGCUGCUGUGCAAAAGCUGCAGAACGCGCAAUACGAGGACAAAAAGCUUAUCGUUUUGUGCCUGCCUAACGUGCAGCCUCAUAUGUUAUCACCCGACUGCGAGCCGCUACUCGUUCUUGUCAAUGUGAAGAGCGGUGGAUGCCAAGGAACCGAGCUGAUUCAGUCAUUCCGAAAGCUGCUGAACCCUUUCCAAGUUUUCGAUGUCUUAAAGGGUGGCCCUUUGGUUGGAUUAUACGUGUUCCGAAACAUUCCAAAGUACAAGAUCCUUGCUUGCGGAGGAGAUGGAACUAUUGGAUGGGUUCUACAGUGCCUUGAUAUUGCCAAACAGGAUGCGGCUUGCUUCUCACCACCAUGCGGAAUUGUCCCAUUGGGAACUGGAAACGAUCUGGCUAGAGUGCUUCGAUGGGGCGGAGGUUAUACAGGAGAAGAGAACCCGUUAGAUAUUUUGAAAGAUGUCAUCGAAGCUGACGAGGUGCGACUUGAUCGAUGGGCUGUUGUGUUUCAUGAGGAAGAGCGAAGCCAACCGCCAUCAUCAUCAAACCCAUCAACAGUGGAGGUAGAUCAAACUAUGAGCAACCCGGAAGAUCAAACAAGCAUGAUUAUAAUGAACAACUACUUUGGAAUCGGAAUCGAUGCCGAUGUUUGUUUGAAAUUCCACAACAAGCGCGACGCCAAUCCCGAAAAAUUCCAAUCGCGUCUUUUUAAUAAGACUCAGUACGCAAAGAUUGGACUCCAAAAAAUGUUCUUCGAGCGCACUUGCAAAGACCUAUGGAAGCGUAUCGAAUUGGAGGUUGAUGGAAAGACCAUUGAGUUGCCAAACAUUGAAGGAAUCGUCGUGCUCAAUUUGCUCAGCUGGGGAAGUGGGGCCAACCCAUGGGGAACAGCCCGUGAGGAAGGCAUCUUCUCAAAGCCAACCCAUUAUGAUGGCCUUUUGGAAGUUGUUGGCAUUUCUGAUGUUUCUCGACUUGGUUUGAUUCAAUCAAAGCUUGCCGCUGGCAUCCGGAUUGCGCAAGGCGGAAGUAUACGUAUAACUACUCAUGAGGAAUGGCCGGUACAAGUUGACGGGGAACCUCAUAUUCAACCUCCAGGAACUAUUACGAUAUUGAAAUCUGCCUUGAAGGCGCAAAUGCUGAAAAAGGCAAAGAAAUCGCGUCGCGGCGCUGCGCCGUCGACUCAAGUCCGCGCCGUCGCCUCUGAGGGCAGCCCCUCAGGUCCUUUAGGCGUGCCAAGCUCGCUAGGAGAUCCAAUUCAUGGCAAAUCGACACCAGAUGCGAUCGGUGACUCGGAUGAGGAGCUUGACGCAUUUCUUUGA